ACAUCUUUGAAAUUUUAAGGCCAUCUCGGCCUGAAGGUCAUGCUACCCUUCAUCUUGCUGUUUCGUUCUAGACACCAACCAGUUUGUUGCCUUGUCAAUUUGACCACUUCAACCUUUCUGCAAGAUUGGAUUCGGAAACAAACUCCGAGAAAACCUACCCGUUUCAAGCUACACAAAGCUUAUACUGUCCUUGAUAAUGAAUUUUUGGAUAUAAAUCAACCGAAGCCCUUUUCCUUCCCACAGAAUAAUACGUUACUGCAUCAGAGUAUCUAUGAUUCAGUUAAUUCUUCCAUAUCCGAAAACCGUUCCCAGUACUUCGCUGUCGUGGCUAUUGCAGGGAAACAGUUCAAAGUAACUAAUAACGAUUUAAUUAUGAUCAAAACACCGUUCUAUGGAACUGACGUUGGUGAUCGUGUUCAAUUACAGAAGGUCCUACUUUUAGGAUCAUCAGACUUUACUAUUAUCGGUCGACCAAUUUUACCAGUGCAUCAGGUGUAUGUUGAGGCUGUAGUGAUUGAAAAAACUCUUGAACACCCUAAAGUUUGGUACCAGUUCCAUCGUCGUCGUAGACACCACAAACUGCGAGAUGUAUAAAUAUUGAAAAAUUGUAUGAAAAUAUUCUCAAGAACCAUUAUUGCUUCCAGCAGAAUUUUCUCCAUAAGAGUCACAGUUCCUCGCCAAAUAUUUUAUGAAAUUCUGUGGUUAUUGGUAACAUGCAAGGUUUAGAUUGUUGCUUCAUGGUUUCUCAUUUGUUUCUUUUCCAAGGAGUAGAAAUAAGCUAAAUGGUCGGUGCUUAUUAUUGAUUUAUCAAUAUGAUCAUGGAGCUGAACUAUGCAAUCACAAAGUACUGUGCAUAAUAUAAGUAUGUAGGAAGCAUUCUAGCAUGCUUCCUAGGCUGAAACCUACAAAUAUACGUUUUGUAUCGUCAUGCAUUGUCAAGCCCAAAUGGAUUAUUCUAGCUUCUGGAUAGACCUGUAGUGACUAACAUUCAUCACGAGGACACGACUGGUUUAAUAAAAACAA